AAGUUUAAUGUCUAUGCUUGUGUGAUCAGCUGGUGUCUAGUAUCGUAACUUGUCGGCUUGUCUCGCUCUCGGGAAGGUACGAUAGCGCGGAGAAAAUGUCACGCAGGGCGAUUAAAGCGAUUAAUUGGGCGACGCUCGCCGAAAGAAUUCCGGAGGCGGAAAAAAACACAUUUGCCGCCUUCAAAGCCAAGUCUGACCAGCAUCUGCGACGAAUGACUGCAAACCCAGAGGCACCUCCGAAAAUUGAUUGGGUAUAUUACAAGAAGAAUAUUGCUUUAUCUGGAUUAGUCGAUAAAUUUCAGAAGGAAUACGAAUCCUUUGCAGUGCCAUAUCCAUCGGAUAAAUAUACUUCGCUAAUUGAGGCUCAGGAAAAGGAAAUGUUUGCUCAAAUCGAGCAAUUUAUUAAAGAGUCGAACGAACGCAUUGCCUCUGCCAGCAAGGAAGUCGAAAGAGUAAAGAGUUUGUUGCCAUUCUCUGAAAUGACAAUGGAAGAUUUCCACGACUUCUAUCCAGAUCAGGCUAUACGAUCUGAUAAACCAACAAUUUGGCCGCACACGCCCGAAGUACAGCCAGAGAACGAGAAAGGAAAACCAGCACAUCAUUAACAUACUAUAAAUACUCAAAAUGAAAUGUAAAAUGUAGUCAUAAUUUACUUCUAGCAUAUGACUCAAAACUAUGUAUGCUAAGUUGAAAAAUAAUAUUGUCCUUUAUCUAUGUUAUUGUCAUCAUAUGCAUCUAAAAGUAAAUUUAUGUAUCUAUAGAUAUGUUAAUCUUUUGUACAACAAAACCUUUACAUAUAUAUUAUAUACAUCUAAACGGAAUGCAAAUACACAACUGCUGUCAGGUCACGUGUACUGGUUAAAUAAAAGUAUUAGGUGCACAAAUAA